AUGCUGGCUUUCGUGCUUAUCCUCCUCCUCUACUUCGGAGGCGGGGCGGGGUACCAGCUCCACCCGGAGGACCGUCCGGUUCACAGAAUCGAGGCUGUGGCACCGGAUAUGACUCCACGCAACGUCUCCACAUGCGCUGUGCAACUCCAAAGAAUUUCCAACGGAGAGCUGGCCUUUCAGUACUUUGAAGACGGCGGUAUCCACUUUUUCAAAAACCACUACCUUUUUGAUGAGCUGGUUUCGGAUAUCGGCGAAAUCGUCUGGGAGACGUCCCCGGCAGGCCACCUGCACCUCCUCACGUUCAAGUCUCUUCCACACCAUCCCUUCUAUACAUAUCUGCGCGAAGGCGUCGAGGUACCCAAGGUUGUUGCAAACGUGAGCCUGAAGGAGGAGCUCUACUAUCAGCUAAAGGCGAAGGAGGCUGCACAGUACGCCGAGUAUCGCAACUGGAAGCCAGGCGAUCCGUUUGUCCAGAUCAGCCUUCCCCCUGCGCGUGACCCCCGUGUCCCAGGCAACUACGAACAAUCGAGGCCGUACGCUCUCAGAGGUCACGUCUACAACUGUAUCUCCUUGGAGUACAAGACGAAAACACAGACAGACCUAGGACGCCGGUGCAUGCCGCCAGAAACAGGUAUGCGCCCGCUCCUCAGGGAGCAGCACAGCGUGUUCAACAUGCUUUCGGCUGGGAAGAUGUUUGUCAACUACACGGGAAGCUACAUCUAUCCAGAAUGCGGGAUCACCACAGAUCAGGAGUAUGGGAAUGGUAACACAGCUCCGACGAAAUACUUUAUCCAACUGCUUGAAGCCGACACGACAAAUACCACCUAUCCCGGGAAGUCAGGAUUUAUCGAUAGGGUCACUAGUCGUGUGUGGGUCGUUGAUUUUUACUCUGAUUGGGGCGGCCUGGCUUCUGUUCACGGAAGUCAGAUCAUGUACUUAAAUGGCCGCGGAUACGUCAGUGGACCCUGGGCUGAAAAUUGCUACCACUCGCUCCGCAUGACUGGAAAUCCUUUCAUGCACGAGGUCGGUCAUAACGGUGGCGGGGCUCACGGACAUGGUGUUGGGUCUACAGCACCUUUCCAUCACUUUAUCGCUAACCAUCGUGCUGGGGAGCGUGACGGCUGUGGGACAUUCUCCUAUAUGGCCAGUGGUGGUUAUCCUUUCUAUACCUCGGCCCAGAGCGCAAGCCACUACUACAACUCAUGGGAGACUAUCCUUCCUCGCUGGAGACGCGUGCUCAAGUAUUGGAAUGACGGGAUUGUUCCGGAAGCCACUCUUCUUGGCAAGGAAAGACGCCUCCCUCACGGCACCGGAAGAGGCGAUAUUGGAGUCCACUACUUCCGCAUCAUGGACGUUGAGCACCAGUACUCGUACAAGUUCCUUGGCGCGGACGAGGAUGCAUAUAGGAACAUCACAUUUGCCAACUAUUCUCUGAACCCUGUCUUUAGCUCGCUGAUCCGGAAUGACCAGCAGACGUGGAUAGGGUUUAACGAUGGAUUUGAUCCGGAGGAUAUUAUUUUGGGCCUUAAGCGCAAAGACCACGUGCUUAUCGUCGAAGUCUACCUAGACAAGGCCGGCUUUUACUCUGAGAUGAACUCUGACUUCCUCUCUGUUCUCAUCGAGUACCGCUCUAACACACGUAUGUCCUGGAAUAGUCACUCCAUCCACUUCCAGUCAAUGCGCCCUUAUGACUUUGAGUCCAAUCUUCCUGUUAACAUCCUCAACGCUUGCGUCGAGAAGAACCACAACGGCGUGGAACUAGCGGGCCAGGGCGUCGGAAGCCCUCUUCCAGGGCGCCUGUGGACAUGCCCUGAUUGCGAUAUUGGUACGUUCCAGUUGAUGGUCAUUGACGGAGGCUAUGCCAACGUCGAUCCGGACAACUUUACGAAGUUCAACGAAAACAGGCACGAAAACAUCCUUGACAUGCCUUACCGCAAUAUUGUUAUCAACUACACGCCCAACAGCCGCCCGAACCCUGCACCCACGCCGAAGUUCUACCCGCUGCGUUUCAUGCAAUCGCCGGGCGUACAUUGUUGCGUCAAAGAUGCCAAUGUGGGGUCUGAUCUAGGACACAACAUUACAUGCACCGCUCUUCUUAGAGUGUUUAACAAUGCCGUCCACAUGAUCUCAAACUACUUCAUCAAUGAUCCUUAUGGUGGCAUGAUUCGCCAGUAUGCUGAUACUUACGGCUACUAUUCCACAUACCGCACGCUAUCAACUGGUGCAAUUAACUUCCUCAGUAACGUCAACAUGGAUGCUGAUAACCCCAAUAGAGACACCAGCCGAAUGACCAAGAUAGGAGGGGUUACGAGCACUGAUGGAUACUUCGUCCACGGCGGUGUUGUGACUAAUGCAUCGGCAGUGGGUUCUAAGAUUAGCGACUUUGAAUAUAUGGACGAGUUUUACGACUGUAAUAUUACCGCAAGCAUUAGAUCUUCGAAUACAGAAGUUUACUCUCUUCUUACCCGUGGCCCCACGAACUUUACAAACAGGAUUGGCUGGUCGUGGCGUCAUGAUCGUCGUAAGAGCAUGGCCGAAAAGAUGAAUAACGGGUAUAUUAUCAUGUUUGAUGCUGUCUGGAAUCCCGCUCUAUACUAUAUUGCGGACACUUAUCCGACGGACUACUUCAAAGACAACACCAGAGCAGAGAUGUAUUACCUCGCUUUCCCAUAUCUCCACACUAAUGCGCAGUGCGGGUACAAUGGCUAUUAUUACUCGUUCGACGGGACAACGAAUAAAGCUAGCAAACUCGGAAGAGCGAAGUCCACGCAGAUCCUUAUGAACUCGAAGGACCGUGUGCUCAUGAUAAAUCUGAGCUAUGCAGACCAGACGUUUACCUUGGCCCCCGACGGCUUCUCUCUCGAGGGAACAGGCUGCUGGGCCCAUCAGAAUCGCCCGACCCUCUACCGCGCUAACCAGUGGCACAUGAUCUACAACCCAGGGCCGUCCAGGAGAAAUUGGCUUCUUGUCUUUGAUUUUGACAGCGAAAUCCCAGACAACUUGGUGCUCUUCACAGACUCAUACAACUCUACCGAUGCCAUUGAUCUCCGCAUGCUCAGCCUCGUGAACAAGAUGACCAACGCAGAUGAGGCCAACAAUCGUACUAUCUAUUGGUCGUAUGCUGUGGAUAACUACGCGGUGCUGCACGAGUUUUACUACCGCUACGAGCACACAGGAGGAAAUCCUGGGCUCCGCUUUGCCUUUAACAAGGACGUCCGUCUCGUGAACGUUAGGUUUGUGACACCACUCUUUGGCACUUUCCAAGAUAUUAGAAACAACGGAGGAAUGAACGAUUGCGGUAAGUUCACCAAACCUACUCAAACGCAGAUUGAGGAUAGGACUGCUAACCCACUUGUUGGGGCUCAUGUCAAUCCGUUCUCAAUCACUCUCAACAAAAUCAAAUAUGACUUUGAAAAUAAGAGUAGCACUUUCGAGGUUCCAUUCCCUAUUGAGAUGGUGGGUGGAAAGUUCGUGCCUCCCGCAAAGAUCGAAUACUACGAUCCCAGAAGGCCCAAGUGCAGUGAUGGCCAAUAUGCCUGGCGUAAUCAGACCGGGGAGUAUCAGUGCAUCGCUUGUCCUGCAGGUUACUUCUGUACUGAAGGCAUUAUGAACCCGUGCCCCGCCGGAUAUUACACUAGCACGACCGGCCAAAAGGAGUGUACACUCUAUAUGACUGCGUUGAGUGGCCAUAAGUUCAACGAGAUUCCUGCUGAUGCGUUCUACGAGAACAUUGAUUAUAGCAAGGUUCCAAUCAGAAACCCCGACGGGACAGUCACUGGGUUCUACGAUUGCCCAGGAAAUCAGUUCAAGAUCAACGGUGUCUGUAAGCCAUGCCCAACAACGGGAUAUAUUUGCGUUCCAGGAAUGGAUGCUGUUAUCUGCCCUAAGGGCUUCCGUUGUGGCGGCGGGUUUGCACAGCCGUGUGUUGGCGACGAAUAUCAAGACGAGGAGGGUCAGGAGCGCUGCAAGACAUAUACGACUAGGGGACAAAGACUCACUUGUGGGUCUGGUCUCUACGAUAUCCCUCUCGACGGGUCCUAUCCACUCUUCCGUACGAACGCAGCCUACGGGCUGCUAAUACUUCACCUUAUGGACGCGCCCAAUGCAGGAUGCCGCACAUGCCCCGUUGGUUACAAGUGCACUGCAUCUAAUGCAGUUGAAAAGUGUGCAUACAACGAGUACUCACCCGAGGGUCAGGCUGAUUGCAAGAAAUGCCCUGACGGGGAGGUUAGAAACGCAGACGGCUCGGGAUGCGUCUCUCUUGCCCCAGUCAGUGAAGCGACCGUGGACCUCACGCCUUCUUACCGCUUUUACGGGUUUUAUCCGACGUACGCGCCCCCGAGAGACGGGAAGCCAGUUUUCCCGCCCGAGGACUGGCCCAGGAACCGUAUCCACCUCCACGAGCUCCACCGCGUCACGCACGUCGUCGAUGAGGUGCGAACGGUCGCCGAGGCGAGGACUGCAGUCUCCAGCGCAAGGACGGCGAACGCCCUUGCGGGGGCACUUCUCGCUGUUGGGGGCGCCGCAGGGCUGGGUCUUGUGGGCGUUGGCCUUCGCGCUGCUCUGAGCAAACGCUAG